CAGGGAGUUGUUUACCUCAUAUGCUAUUCUAUAAUGCGUAUUUGGGACACUUCUGUGAAAAGCGCUUUACAAAUAAUAUUUAAUUCAAUCACCCGCUACGGCCAGUAACCAAGUAAUACGCGGGCACUUAUGUCCGGUCGUUGCGAAAGGGGGACCACAAAAGCGGUGGCACCGUGUGCUCGCGCUGGGAUACAGGAUAGCUGCUUUAAUUAAAACUACGAAGGUCUCUAGUUGGCUAGUGCUUACUAGCUAGCUAACUUAGAUGUGCUGGGGAGUUUUGUGUGGCUAUUAUUUGCCAGUUAGCGAGAAAAGAAGCACGUCAGAGACCCUCCUUCAGAGGCUCACCUGAGAUGGGACGCAGCAGGUCUCGCGACGGGUCCGACGUCAGGACACAAAGCAGAGAGGGGAGGGAGAAAAAGCAAGAGAAGAAGAGGAGACGUUCUUCAUCAUCUUCAUCUUCCAGCAGCAGCGCCAGCCCUUCCCCCAAAAGGAAACCGCGUCCUGCCUCCGAGAGUCAAGAUAAGAGAGAAGGCCAGAAGAGGAAGAAAAGGAGCCCUAGCUCCUCUUCCUCCUCCAGCUCUUCCUCCUCCUCGUCCAGCGACGAGGAAGCCAAGCGCAAGCGCAAGAGGAAGAGGAGGAAGGCCAAGAAGAAACUGAAGAAGAUGAAGGCUCGGGAGAAAAAGGAGAAGAAGAGGCUGAAGAAGAAGGCGGAGAAGGCGGAGAGGGCCCUGGUUCCUACACUUCCCAGCAUGCCUGUGGGGAGGGCCCUGGUUCCUACACUUCCCAGCAUGCCUGUGGAGAAGGCCCUGCCUGUGGAGACUCCGUCCUUCCUGGAGAGUGAGGAGACCAGUGAGCACGGCCCAGCCAUGACGGAUGAACAGAAGGCGCGCAUCUCCACCAAGAGGCCCAUGACCAAGGACCAGUGGGAUGCCCAGCAGAGUGUGAUCCGCAGGGUGGUCGACCCCGAGACCGGCCGCACCAGGCUGGUGAGGGGAGAGGGGGAGAUCCUGGAGGAGAUCGUGAGUCGAGAGAAACAUAAAGAAAUCAACAAGCAAGCCACCAAGGGGGACGGGGCAGCAUUCCAGAAGAGAAUGGGCAUCAAUCGAUAAGAGUCCCAGGACCGUGUGACCCCCUCAGGGUUUGGGAAAUGGAUUUGGGACAGUCUGGGUUAACAGUAGUCCGGGUGGUACCUGGGCACGCAUCCCAGUCUCUGUCCCAACUUCACAGCAGGAUCCAACGAGGCUGCAAAAAGAUGGCUUCAGAUGGGACCUCUUCUCCCCCGAGGCCUCCAGUCUGUCACGCUCCAGUGCAGUAUGGAGGAUUCAUUCAAAACCACCCUGAAUGCCACCCACAAUCAUUCCACGGUCAAAGUCACUUAGAUCAGUGCAGUAUGGAGGAUGACUUUAUUUUUAACCGUUUUUCCCCUGUUUGCAACCCUGCAUCAAAACAGAGCUGGACAUUUCACAUUUGUGUGUCAUUACAAGCGUGCGGACACAGCCCUAUCAGACUGUUAAACCUCUCCCCCCCCCGUGGAGCCGAUUCACUGUCUCUCUGCAGCACGGAGUGAGAAAAAGUGGCAAGAAAACACAAAGCCAGGUUGCCUCUUGGUUGUUAAUAUUUAUUUAUACACUGUACAGACACAAGCAGAGGAGGGAAGAGCUGUGCACUGGCCUUUGAGCUUUCACAUUACCGACAACGAUGCUGUGCAGGAGCACGGUCAGGAGCACGGUCAGGAGCACGGUCAGGAGCACGGUCAGGGAGGGAGCGUGUCUGGGGGUUCAGCGUAUUCACACCUCUACCGCCUCUGGAGCACCACGGCCUGGGCAGCAGACCGAGUACGUGAGAGGCAUUGCCCUUCACUCUCUGUGUCCGCGUCUGUUCUGUUCUGUUCAAUGUGAGGAGCGUUUGUGGAACGGCUCCCUGUAAAUAAAACACUUAAAUGUUUCGUGUCUCUUCCGUGUCCAGGAAGUUGAAACCCAAGCGGGCGAUUGGAUGUUCGGAGCAGAGAUGCCCCUCUGUACAGCGUGUGGGCCUGCAGUGACACUGUCAAUCUGGUGCGACACGUUCAUUACGUCUUCACUGCGGCGUUUAUGUUCUGAACCCUAAUAAUGUACUGAUUCUAUACUCAAGUGUUGGCUGAAAUCUGCAACAGCAAAAAGUCUUGGUACAGUAGAAACACUGGAAAAGUUACUUGUUUAUAAAAAUGGUCUGUUGUAAAGGGAGAACGGUGAAGUGUUUUGGAGACGUGGUUGUGAUUGAUUACAUUUCACAUAACACAAUGGCGAGAACAGGCUGAUCGCCCAGCUCGCCUCUUCCUCCCUCUGCAGCGGCAGCCUGAGGGGCCCUGUGCAGGUGGGAGUGAUGCAUUGUGGGGGAAGAAGGCAGGGCUCUCUGCUAUUUGACUGGAGUGGUUUGCCUGUUGACUGUCCUGUGGGACACUGCUGUUCAGUCACAGGGACCUGUGAUAUGGUCCCUCCAGACAUACUGGCAUCUGCAGAAUUUCUCAGCUGUAAAUGAGGCCAUUAGCACUUGCAUGCUACACAGCCACAACCCUGCUAACUGCUACAGCACCAAUUAAAAAACGCUGGAAAUCUAAGUUUUCAGCAGUGCAGGGCUGGGACUAAAACAGUCGGCAGGAGGUUUGAUUACUGUAACGGGUUUAGGAUCAGCUGAAUCUCAUUACUAUUGCAACCAAUCCCUGAGUGUGGGCCCUGAUGAUGUCACAAUGGGCUGUUUGCCAGCGGCCAUCUUGUGUGCCUCCCUCUUGACCCGACACUCAGCGCAGGAAACAGGAAGUGGGAAUGUCCCAGUGAACAAUGUCUAAUCUACUCAUUCCAUAGACUAGGUUCAAUUAACUAUUGUACUACACUCAAUGUAUUAAGUGUAUGCAGAUGAGCUGGUAUACUGCCACCCUUACGGUGGAAAACCUGUGCUCCCCCUCCUAGUCAUUCAACUAAUAAAAACAAUAAAAUCAGCACAAUGUGGAAGUGUCCAGCAUUUGAUGAGGCAAUUUUGAGUCCAAUGCUGCUUUUAAAUCUAAAUUGUUACAUUUUGGUGUUUGUGAAUAUGUCCCUUGUAAGGGGUGCGUUGGGAGGAAGUCGGUGACUAA